AUGGAAUCUACACGGCCUUCUCAUCGAUCUGAGCCCCGGAGUCUAACCAAAUCGGUCUCAAGACUCUCCAAAAUUCUCCAUUGCAUUGAAGGAACAGGAGUAACCAUUCCUCAUCUCUCUCUUGAUAUAGUACCAUCUUCACCGAAAAUAUCAACUCCAUCACCUACAUCUACUUUGUCCCCGAGGCCCCCUUAUACUCUCCCGCUUCACAAGCUUCUACUGCGAUCUCCUUCCCCUCUUAAGAGAUCGAAAACCCGACUUUCUGAAAGGCAUGAAAUGGCUGAAGAGGCUGCAAUUGAGCCUUGUGGGGUUCGAAAAAGAUGCAAGAGUAGAAAUUCUGCAAUGGGGUAUUCGGCUUCUCCAAGGAACACUCGGAGAUCCCGUAGAAGAUUGGAGCAAGAAAUGAAAGAAGAUAAGGAGUUUUGUGCAGGUGAAGAAAUGAUUAAGACAAGAAAGAAGAGACAUAGCGGUAGAUCCAAGAAGGAUAAAUUGAGCUCUGUCCCUUCAACUCCAUCUCCAAAAACAAUUGAUGAUGAUGGGUGCAAUCUGGACAAAAUUGGGCAGCUUAUAAUCGAUUUAAUAAUGUGGAAAGAUGUCUCAAAAUCAAGCCUUUGGUUGGGUUUUGGGUCGAUUUGUUUCUUAUCUUCUUGUUUUACAAAGGGAGUUAACUUCAGCAUUUUCUCAUUGAUAUCACAAUUGGGACUUCUGCUUUUGGGAGUCUCUUUCUUCUCCAAUUCGAUGCGGCAAAGGGAUGCUAAUGAGAUUAAGCUCGAGUUUAAGCUGACAGACGACAACAUUUUGAAAGUGGGUAGGCUUUUACUUCCAGCUGCAAAUCUUGCAAUUUCGAAAACAAGGGAACUGUUUUCAGGAGAACCAGCCAUGACCCUCAAAGUAGUACCAUUUUUCCUUAUUGGAGCUGAGUAUGGCCAUCUCAUUACCCUAUGGAGGUUAUGUGCACUUGGGUUUUUCUUAAGCUUUACUGGUCCAAAACUGUAUUCCUCUUACUCUGUUCAAUUAUGUAGAAAAGUUGAGUAUCUAAAAUCUUGGGUGUUGGACGCAUGGGGAGCUUGCUCUCACAAGAAGAUUGUAGCAGCAUCAGCUUUAGCUGCUUUUUGGAAUCUGACUUCUACAAGAACCCGAAUAUUUGCCGCAUUCCUAUGUCUAGUAAUAGUAAGAUACUGCAGACAGCAUUCAGAAGGAGAAAAGGUUGAAGAGGAAAUAGUAGAAGAAAAACAAGAGCAGCAACAAUCACAGGCAUUAGUUGCAGUUGAUAUUGGAUCUCUAAAGUAA